AUGGCGAGCGAGAAUGCAGCACCCGAGAUCAAGCAGGACCAGGGCGACGACAAGCCCGUCAUUCUCCUCGUCCACGGCUCAUGGCACUCUCCAAAGGUAUAUGACAAAGUGAGGGCCAAGCUCACUGAGCUCGGGUACGAGAGCCAUGCGCCGCGGCUGCCAAGUCUGGGGGACCAGCCCAAGUUGAGCUGGCGCGUCGACGUCGCUGCCAUUCACGACUGGGCGAUUCCGCUCUUCGAGGCCGGAAAGAAGGUGAUUCUCGUUGCGCACUCCCUCUCCGGAGUGACCGCAACCAUUGCCGUCCAGAACCAGACCACCUCCGCGCGCGCCGCCGCCGGGCUCAAGGGAGGAUUCCACGCCGCCGUCUUCCUGUGCGCCUUUGUCGCUCCGCAGGCCGGCGUGGACGUCAUCACCCUCUUCGGGGGCGUGUGGCCGCCCUGGUCGAUUCCCGACGAGAAGUACACGGGCGGCACGAUGCGCGUGAACCUCGAUAUGGCAGCGCAGACGCUCUACAGCGACCUGCCAGAGCAGGAGGCCGCGGACUGGGUCGCGGCGCUGCUGCCGAAUUCGCAGGCCACGGUGGAGACGACGAUCCCCGUCUCCGCGGGUGACGUGCUGGGCGAGGGCAAGAUCGACUGCCUGUAUGUCUUGUGCACCAGCGACAAGACCAUUGCGCCGGGCCUGCAAGAGGUCAUGGCCGGGUCUAUCCCGGGAGCUAAGGUGGAGAGGAUCGAUGCUUCGCACAGCCCAAUGCUGAGUCGGCCGGACGAGGUUGCAAAGUUGGUCGUCUCCACGGUUUAA